GCGGGCAUCGGGUCACCAGGCAUCAUGGUCAUUUGGCUCGACAGCGGGCACCGCGUCAUCUGGCAAGGCAGUGGGCUCCGAGUCAACUGGUAUGACCGCAAGGCACUGGGUCAGACAUUGUAUGGACCCCUGGCUGGACAGCGGGCAUCGGGUCACCAGGCAUCAGGUUCAUUUGGCUCCACAGCGGGCACCGCGUCAUCUGGCAAGGCAGUGGGCUCCGAGUCAACUGGUAUGAACCGCAGGCACUGGGUCCGACAUUGGAUCGAGCAUGACUUGACAGCGGGCACUGGGUCACCAGGCAUCAAGGUCAUUUGGCUCGACAGCGGGCACCGCGUCAUCUGGCAAGGCAGUGGGCUCCGAGUCAACAGGCAACGACAGUGAGCACCGGGGCAUCAGGUUACCGUGAUCGUCUGGCUCGACAGCGGGCAUCGGGUCACCAGGCUAUCAGGUCAUUUGACUUGCCAGCGUGCACCGCGUCCAUCUGGCUAAGGCAGUGGCACCGGGUCACCAGGUUAAUACAGCGGGCUCGUGAGUCAAUUUGGCACGACAGCGGGCACAGGUAUCAGAUACCGGAUCAUCUGGAUCAACAGCGGGCAUCGAGUCAACUGGCCUAAUAGGAAUCGUCGUGGGCUGGAAUCAGUUCAUCAUGGCUGAGAUAGCGGCAUCAGUGCUGAAUGCAGGCAUCCGGCUGAGUAGCAAGGCUU